AUGUGCGAAGAUUUGCUGGUCGGCGACGACUCCGGCAAGGUCUACUACUACUCCGUGGAGUGGCCAGACUUUGCUCCCGGAUGCAUGACAAUGCUGGCCAAACUCGACGCCCACAGCCAGAACAUCUGCGGCCUCGCAUGGUCCCCAGAUGGUACGCAGUUUGUCACCGGUGGUAAUGAUAAUCGGGCUCUGCUUUUCGAUCCAUCCAUCUUACUCCAUGCGGAUGCUGAAGGGCAUGUCUCCACGCAUGUGCCUGAUCCCGUGGCAGAUACGUUCGAUGAUUCAAUCUUUUCGACCUCUCAGCUGCCAACACCCCCAAGUUCGCCCCAGAGAUAUCGAUCGGCAAGCCGCCGUCGCUCCUCGAACUUGAACAGAGGGCCGGUCAGGAGUACACAGAGUCUUGGUCUAGAAACACCUCCUCCAUCUCCUUCGCGUCGAGGCAGAGUAGACAGUCGUUCUCCCACCACAGACCCUCUCAGCUCCCGUGGCAAUCCUCACAGCGGUCCUCCGCAAAACGCGUCCGUCCUUCGCAACAGGCUCGUGGAUCCCGCUAUACCCGCACAAGCCGGUGUCCACGUUCAUUCAUUCUAUCACGCGGCAGCUGUGAAAGCUAUUGCAUUUGCCCCAUGGCAGCCAAAUCUGCUUGCGACUGGAGGCGGAAGCAAUGAUCGCCAGAUCCAUUUUUUCCACACAGGGUCAGGAGCGCUUCUGGCCCUGAUCAAUGUCUUCUCGCAAGUCACCAGUUUGGUGUAG